GAGAACUCAGUAGGCCUGAGAGCAUGAACAUUUUUUUUGCGUCUAACAAGGGAUAUCUGACUUCUUAUCUAUUUUUGGAGCUACCAUCACAAAGAACGAUGUACAGUUUACACAUCAUUAGAGAAUUAGACAAUCACAGAUGUGUACACGAAUGUGUACUCUCACAAACCUUGCAUAGAUAGAACCAUAGCUAUAAUUGCACAUCAGUUAUUGUUUUAGAAGUCCUGAGAAAAACAGUGAAAGCAAUUUUCAUAAAAUAUGGAUUUCCGCCUCUGAAGACCUCCCAGACUACAGUAGAGCCUAUUUUGAAGGUGAGCUGAUCUACAUGAAGUGGGCUGGAGAAGCAGAUGAGAGUGGUGGUAUAAAAAGGUUGGAAAACAUGUGGAAUCUCUCCAACGGAGACCAUGGGUAAGAUUAUCUUUUACGAGGACAGGAACUUCCAAGGUCGUAGUUAUGAGUGCAGUAAUGACUGCACAGACCUGCACUCGUACUUCAGCCGCUGCAACUCCAUCAAGGUGGACAGCGGCUGCUUCAUGAUAUAUGAACGCCCCAACUACAUGGGCCACCAGUACUUCAUAAGGAGGGGGGAGUACCCAGAUUAUCAGAGGUGGAUGGGCUUCAGUAACUGUAUCCGAUCUUGCAGAGUCAUUCCCAUGUACCGUGGCUCCUACAGGAUGCGUAUCUAUGAGAAGGCCGACUUUGGUGGUCACAUGAUGGAAUUCAUGGAUGACUGUCCCUGCGUGUCCGACCGCUUCCACCACCGCCAUGUCUACUCCUGCAACGUGAUGAACGGCUACUGGAUCUUUUACGAGUACCCAAACUUCAGGGGCAGACAGUACUUCGUGAAGCCAGGGGAGUACAGGAGAUAUCGAGACUGGUGUGCUACCAGCGCAAUUGUUGGCUCUUUCAGAAGGGUCACUGACUUUUAGCCAUUCUAUACCUGCUUGUACUGUAAAUAAAUUAAAUGUCCUUGAAUUUUU